AUGUGCUGCGUGAGCGGCUUGAGUCAUGCAUGCCUGUCUGCCAGCCAAGGGCAGCACUCUGUGCACUCUAGAGAGACUUCCGAGGCUGAAAAGCUGCAGCAGCACAUCUUGACGCUCCCCGGCUCCGUGGAUAAGGCUGCUUUCCUCGAAGCGUACGAAGGGGGGUAUGUUUGCCCCAAGUUGUAUGCAGCACUUGCAAAGCACAAGUCUGCAUACUCGAAUCUCAUUCUGAUUGACGUUCCGCGAACUUUUCCAGAGAUCACCGCAGUGGAUAGAGACGCGCAGGCUAUGCUCUUCCACAUCCUGAACGCCUUUGCCAACUUGCAUGUGGAGGUUGGAUACUGCCAAGCCUUCGAUGAGAUGGCAGUGGUGCACUUGCCCAAGCUAAGGGAACAUUUUCUUGAGGAAGGCGUCUCUGCUCCCGUUUAUCUGCAUCAGUGGUUCCUCACCCUUUUCAUAACGUCCCUUCCCCUCCGUUCCGUUUUGGUGGUGUGGGAUUUUCUUCUCGCGAGGGGCCUCCCCGCUGUGCUGCAACUGGCAAUUGCACUACUGCGAGUUUUAGCUCGCUUUCUCCUCCGUCUCAAAUUCGAAGAAAUAGUAAAAUUCCUUAAAUCCCUCAAGUGCAGCGGAGGUGUUGACGACUUCCGCAUAGGCAAGAUGUUAGUGAAGCAGGCUGCCAAAAUACAAAUACCGACGCCCAUUUUGGAGGAAAUAAGCCACAUGAACCUGGAGACGAUCAUGAGGGAGGCCGAGUUAGAGGACGAAGAGGAGAGCCGUUCACGGAAUGCAGCCUUCUUGACCGUGGUUGACAGCCUGCCAAGCGUUCCACGGUCCGCCCAAAACCCUUUGGCGCUUGUUUCUGGCAGGGCCGAUGAGGAGGAUGCAGAUGAUGAUGCUUUCUGUAAACUUCCUCUCGGAAGUUCAAGUCUCUCGGGAGCAGCGGGUGGGGGGGGGGCGCCUCGGUCUGAGCAGUCUACCCCGAGGGAAGAUCAGUCCGAGGAAAUGGUAGUUCUGCGCUCUGCCCCUUCUCCUCCGAAGGAAGACGCAGAAUGCCAUGAAGCAAGCGUCUUGGAGCGCCAACGAGGGCCUGCUAUUGCCGUGGUUCUACCGUGGUUCGCCAGGAGCGACUCCGACGCGCAGCUCAGUGCAAAUGCAAGUCCAAGAGACGUAGAGGCACGCAAGGGGGCCGAUAGGGGGCACGGAUGCGGCGGUGCGUCUUCUGCUGCUGAGGCUGCAUUGCGAGCAAGGCGCCAUCACCAGCCGCCGUCUCGCUCGGAAUCGCAGUCGGAUGCUUCUGAAAAGGCCUCAGCAGAUGGAAUAGAGCAGAGGAAAGAAUUUUUUAAUCGGGCAGAGCCGCGCUGGACGCCGGAAGACACACUUUUUCGGGCAGCACGAACGUCAGCAGAAGCAACAACUUCGGAGGAUCGAGACGGCGCUUUGACCCCAGAAGUAGAAAACGCGAGAAGCUCGUUCGCGGAAGUGCGGCUUCCCUCCCGUGAACCUGAAUCGGAUGAAGACGGAUAUGAACUUGUAGAGAUUCCCCAUGCCGAGAGAGGACGUGCCGAGAAAGCUGGAGACAGCAGGAGGCCGGACGGCAGCGGCAGCACCUCAUUAUUCGUUCCGAGCGCUUUCGCAGACGAACACGGAAGAGACGCUGAGAGAGACAGAGAGGGAAGCUUCAUUGACACGCUUACCCUGUGGCUCGCGGGGCGAUAGUUGUAUCGAGCCUUCUGCUCUGAUGUUUGCAUGCAUGUCUGCUCUAGGCCCCUGAAUGCCGAGCUUACUGCAGACCAAGUGGCUAUCGUUUCUGUACAUGACAGGGUAACAGAUACAUUUUUCUGUUUUUGGACAGUAAUUUUGGAGCAAUCCUUUACGAGGCUCAAGUGGUGCGGAUAUGCUGCUCUGAUGUGGUCCGUUGCGUUGCGUGGUUCAUGGAGAACCGCUUUUUCAGCCUACUUCACGUGUAGAAGGGCUGCCGCCUACACGGCCUUAGGAGAACUAUGUUGUGCGAUACAGCGCAUGUAG